AUGGUAUGCUGGCAUCGCACAGCUUGCUUUAUUGGUGGAAUAAACAAAGGGUGUCAAAACUACUGGGCAUAUGUACAACUGCCUGCAGUGCUGAGCAGUGGGCUUGCAGCAUCCUUGCCUGAAUGGGUGCUAGUACAAGGCCAGUUUGCUGCCUUCAGGAUUGGCAAAGUUCAUAAGCAUUCACACGUUGCCCUGAUAAAGGGUGCCGUCUUUGAUAGGUCCUUGAUCGCUGCACAUGAGCUCGUGGCCAAUGGCUUCAAGAAUGUGAGGAUAUUGAGGAACGGCAUUGCUGAAUACGAAGAAUCAGAGAGGUUAGAAGGAGGACCCUUAUGCUCUGGCUGCUGCACCAUUGUUAGCUCAGAGCAAUUUCCACAUGUGUCUGGGGAAGACACUGCAACGAUUCCAGCAUACUUCCAAGCAGAUAUUUCCUUUCAUCAUCUCACCUGCCCACCCCUCACCAACAAUUCUUUCGUUUACAUGCAUUGCACUUGCAAUCAUUUACCCCCCCGUGUCAGCAUCACAUCUGUGUUCUGGCGACACACACCACAUCACCGUCCAUUCCAUUGA